AUGUCGACCUUGAAGAAGGUCGCCGUCCUCGGCCUCGCUGCCUCAGCAGCUGCGUCGCCGGUCGAUCUUUCCGCGCGCUCAAGCAACGCCGUGGCAGCAUACCAAGCCUACCGCGGCGACGGCUCCAUCACCAGCGGCUGGCCCUCAAAAGACCAGUGGAUCAGGUCCUUCGAGGAGAUGUGGAACGUCAACUACCCGGACAUCCUCCUCGCGAACCCCGGCCACCCAGAGGAAGCCAACGAAAUCAAACCAGCAAUCAUACAAGCCGCAGCCAGCACCGGCAUCGACGAGCGCUUCAUUCUCGCCAUCAUCAUGCAAGAAUCCAGCGGCCGCGUCCGUGUAGGCACCACCUCCUACGGCGCCUCCGGUGCCAACCCAGGUCUCAUGCAAUCGCACGGCGGUCCAUCUUGCGCCAUCAACCAAGCACAGCCUUGCACGCCCGCAGAAAUCGCAGGCAUGAUCAUGCAAGGCGUCCAGUACGGUGGCGACGGAAUGAACCUCGCCAAUCUGAUGCGGGUAAGCGGUAGGCCGGAGCCAGCCAACUACUUCUGGGCAGCGCGGUAUUACAAUUCUGGGAUCAACAGCAUGACCCCCGACUGCCACGAUAAUUUGUCGUGCAACGUGCAGGCGGCCACGGUGUCGUAUGCGAGUGAUAUUGCGAAUCGAUUGCAGGGCCUGACGGAUGGGAACGGUGCUCGGGCCGGGCGCCAGCCUGAUCUGUUCAAGAAUGAGGCUUGCUAG